AUGCCACCGAAAAGAGAACGCAAGAAAGGCAGAGGUGGGAAGAAAGCGCCGACAGAAAUGAAGGGUGCCGCCACAUGCCGCUUUAUCAUUUUCUACUUGGCAGCUCCUGGGCCUCAAUAUGAACUCAAGACGCUUGUCGGCUACAGGAACCACUGUGUCUCGCGAUAUCGAAAUCCUGCGUACACGUUCGGCGGGCGACGCAUCACUUUCGAGGUGGCGGAAGGUCCAGGACCAAAGUAUACGAUCGAAGAACGCAGACCCAAGGGAUUCAGCUUCGGACUUGCCGCACGAUAUCGCGAUAUUGUUUUGGGACCUGGCCCAAAAUAUAAGUUGCCAGAUGUUCCCCGUGGUCCCUUCUUCUCACUAAAAUGGAGAACAAAGUCGAGGAAGAUUGACGAAACACCGGGGCCUUAUUAUAUCAAGCCGAUCGCUGACGCACCCGCAUUCUCCAUGGGACUGCGUACAGUCGUCACGAAGCCUCCGGUCAGCGCGGAUCAUUACUCGCCAUACAACUUGGAAGCGGUGAAACCGAGGACUCCAAUGUACACUAUGGUCGGUAGACGGGAAUUGCGAAUGAUUUCUAAAAGUCCGGGUCCGAUAUAUGGCAUUCCGUCAGUCAAGCCGACGCCCGCUUAUUCAUUCGGUGUAAAGCACAGCGAAUGCGCGCCACCCUAUAUAACAGAAUGCGACGAGUAGUGCUAAG